UCUUCGAAAUGUUAGACCGCACUUGGCGCCAGUGCGAUAUUUAAAUUUCCUCGAGUGUCGGUUGUAAGUUAUGCACUAAGCUGUUCAAAGAAAAAUAUAUCAGUCGAGAUGAACUUCUCGGAACUGUUUAAACAGACAAAUCAACUGAGCAGAUUUUCACCGAAUGGCAAAUAUUUGGGUAGUUGUGUUCAGUAUCGAUUGCUUGUAAGAGAUGUUAAAACCCUCCAGAUUCUCCAGCUCUACACCUGUUUAGAUGUUGUACAACAUGUAGAGUGGUCAUCUGAUUCUCUUUACAUACUUUGCGGAAUGCUAAAACGAGGACUGGUUCAAGUUUGGUCUCUAGAGAAACCAGACUGGACUUGUAAGAUUGAUGAGGGAUUAGCAGGAUUGACUGCUGUUAGAUGGAGUCCAGAUGGAAGACACAUUCUGUCCACUGCAGAUUUUCAGCUGAGAAUUUCUGUCUGGUCUCUGGUUAACAAAUCUGUAAGUUACAUCAAGUAUCCAAAGCACACACAUGCAGGGCUUGACUUUACUAAAGAUGGUAAAUAUAUGGCUUUAGCUGAAAGAAGAAACUGCAAAGAUUGUAUAAGUAUAUUUGCUUGCUCUUCGUGGCAGCUUGUAAAGCAUUUUGAGGUGGAAACAAAUGAUUUGGCUGACUUGGCGUGGUCACCCGAUGGUAGAGUUCUUUGUGUAUGGGACUCUCUCUUAAGAUAUGAACUAUUGGUUUAUUCAAUGGAUGGCCGUUGCUUAUCAAGAUACAGUGCGUAUGAAUUCGCUCUUGGAAUCAAGUCUGUAUGCUGGUCUCCAUCCAGUCAGUUUCUUGCAAUUGGUAGCUUUGACGAGAAGUGUCGCGUACUGAACCACGUCACGUGGAAAAUUGUCGCAGAACACAACCAUAGUCACACAGUGGAUUCUCCAUCAGUGAUUGUAUACAGAGAGGUGGAGCUGAAGCCACCCUUGCUUAAAGGAGAGAUAAUGCCUCCUGGGGGGUUUACAGUGCAGAGUAAAUAUGAGGUUCAGCCGGGCCCAGUCCAAGUUCCAAUCCUUAAACCUGACCCAGAAAAGGCAAACCCCAAACUUGGUGUUGGGCACGUGGCCUUUAGUCAAGACAAUAGAUAUUUAGCAACUAAAAAUGACAACAUGCCAAAUGCCCUUUGGUUAUGGGAUGUGUCCAAGUUAUGUCUCUCAGCAUUGCUAUUGCAGACCAGUUCUGUGAGAGCUUUCCAAUGGGAUCCAAAACAACCCCGCCUAGCUGUCUGUACCGGAAAUAACAAGCUCUACUUGUGGUCACCCGCGGGCUGCGUGUCGGUGGUAGUACCUACAGAAGCCACUUUCCAGAUCACUUCCGUGCAGUUUCACCCUGAUGGCAACAUUCUCCUGCUUUUGGGAAAAGACCACAUGUGCCUGUGUUUUUUGACAGACCCAAGGACAUAACAUAACCCAAAUGUGCGUGUUUUUAACAUAUCUGUUUUUUUUUUUUCUUUUAACGCAACUGUACUUGAUUCUUGAUAUUUCUGUGUAUUUAGGCUAUAAAUUUUGCACAUGACAUUUUAGACACAAGAUACCAGAUAUUGUUUUGGUCGUUUCUAGAGGUGACCGCUUAAUAGAGGCGACCCCUUAAUAAAGGCGACCGUUUAAUAAAGGCGAGGUGAAUGCUAAAUAAAGGUGACCGUUUAAUAGGGUUUGACAAUUAACUGCUUAAUACAGGAUGACCGCUGAAGACAAGUUCCACUGUAAUUUCACUGAUUGUAACAAGUUUAUUUACAAAUAUUACUUGAAGAUCGAAACAAACCUGAACAAAAUAAGAGAACCGCUUCAGUUUCAAUACUGCUUUGUCAUUGCCACACAGUUUUAAGAAGCAAGCUGUAAUUACCCAGGAUGUACACCAUUUACACAGAACCAAAAAAACAUUAACUGGAAACUUCAGAUACACUGAAGGCAAAUGGUUUGCACUUUAAGUUGUAUGAUGCUUUUUAAUAUAAAGAUCAUAAAGCCAAGUUCCGCUGCAAAUUUCCAAAAGCCUAGCUCCCACCAGGGAACCCUGUGGGACUCCAAUUUUUAGAAUUAAACUAACCAACCAGGAAAAAAAUAAGAUACCUUUAAAUAUUAGAAUAUCCUUGUAUAUACUUUGUGAGGCUGAAUUAAUAAUAACAUCCA